UACGCGCUGUAAGGCGGGCGAAGUGCAUCACGGGAAGGUCGGGUCACUGUAGCGCAAGUCACAGUGUGAAGGGGCUUUGCAACGCCAGCAUAGUGGGCGGGUUUCACAGAGAGCACCCCCUACCCUUAACACUACAAAUCUGCUCUCUCCGCCCUCUUGUAGUCUCAUCGCUGAGGCCGAUGCAGGGAGUUGUCCCUCAGAGUGGAAAGCAGCAGGCCGGCGACGUUCUUACUUUGGUUCCCCCCCUACAACAUGGCCAAAUGGAGCUCACCCCUCGUCUUGACCCUGGCCUUCUUAGCUAUGGGCUGGAAAGCAUACGCGCAAGAUUUUGACUUGUAUGAUGCGCUAGGUGAUCCAACUGAGAAACCUAAACCAAAGCCUAAACCACCGAAAAACCCCACACGAGACUCAGGUGACCUGGAUUUAAGUGAUUUUUUUGAUACUCCAGUAAAGACAACAACCAAGUCACCAAGAAGAGUCACAAAACCACCACCAAAACAGCCAGACCUUUGGUUUUCCACCACCACAAAGAGUCCCAAGAAACCCCCCAAGAAACCAGAUUCAAAUGACUUUGACUUGUCAGAUGCCUUGGAUGGAAAGAACGACAGGAAAGAUGGUUCGAAGGAUAGUGGUAAAUCCUCAGGAGGUAGACAGCAUGACAUUUCAGAUUCAGAUUUAGAUGAUAUUUUCAAUGAUGGAUAUAACCCGGACAAGAAAAAAGGUGGUGGUGGAGGUGGAGGCAGAGCCGCAGGUCAGGGAGAUAAUGACAGCUCUGAUUCUGGAUUUGGCAGUCAAGCAGAGACUGGGACUAUUGCUGGAAUUGCAAGUGCUUUGGGAAUGGCAUUAAUUGGUGCAGUAUCGAGCUACAUUUCAUACCAAAAGAAGAAGUUCUGCUUCAGUAUACAAGAAGGUCUUAAUGCUCAGUAUGUGAAAGGGGAAAAUAUGGAGGCUGUAAUGUGUGAAGAGCCACAAGUGAAAUAUUCUGCUCUGGAAUCUCAGUCGGCGGCUCCACUAACAGAAGAAGCUGCAAAGGUGUGAUGUCCGGUCCAGGGAGGCAGCACAAGUCUAUGGCAGUUGUACACUGUCUCAGAAGCCUGCAUGUGUUUCAUUAACUGGCCACUGAGGCUCCUAAGCUUUGUGGCUAAAGAAAAACUGGUAUUUUCAGCCUAGGGCUCUAACUGAACUUCAGCUUUUAGCAAUGUCAGCUCUAAUGAGCUGGGCCCUAAUUAACUCUCUAUUGGGCAGUGACAGUGUGUACAGAGAUGCUUUUAUAUGCUUGUUGUUUACACCCUUUUAUUGCACAGUAUAUUGGUACUUUAUUAGAAAUACAUGUUAUUAAUAAUAAUAAUAAUAAUAAUGAACUGAAGCUUUGUAGCUCAGUAGAACUCAUCAGCCAAAGGUUGUUGAUUGCAGCUUUAACGAGUUCUUUGUUUACAUGUUAGUGUAGGUAUUUAGUUUGUGUUGUGUUGUGAAUGUUGUUUUGGCAUCAUGGUGUCCCACAAACCACGAGGUUUUACUAAAGCGGAUGCCUUGAUACCAUUUUAUAAACAGUCUUAUACUGGGCUAACAACUCCAUCCGGACCAGUCCCUGGAUCAACUUUCUACUAACCUUAUUGAUAGCAUCCCGCUGCUUCCUAAUAGGGAUGCACCAAAUACACUAUUUUGGAUUCGGCCGAACCGCCAAAUUCCUUUGCGAAAAAUUUGGCCGAAUACCGAAUCUGAAUUUGCAUAUGCAAAU